AUGCUGAUCAUUCAGAUCCCCGAUGGUAUGCCGGACGAAGACGCAUGCACCCUGGGUGUCGGCAUCACGACAGUGGGCCAGGGCCUGUACCAAUCCCUGGGGCUCCCCUUGCCGGGGUCUCGCGCCAGAGCAAAUUUCCCGAUUCUCAUCUACGGUGGGAGCACCGCGACCGGAAGCCUCGCCAUACAGUAUGCGCGGUUGUCCGGGUGCUCGCAGAUCAUCACGACCUGCUCUCCGCGCCAUUUUGACUGGGCCAAAUCCCUGGGUGCCGACGCAUCGUUCGACUACCGCGAUCCGGACUGUGUGCAGAAGAUCAAAGAUUGCACCCAAAACACCCUGGCACAUGUCCUGGACUGUGUUUCUACAAGUGCCAGCGCCGAGCUUUGCGCAGCAGCGAUUGGUUCCAACGGCGGUACAGUCUCCUACCUCUUACCACUCAAACAUCAGCGCGAGGAUGUUGAGGCGAAAUAUACCCUGGCCUAUACUGCCUUCGGGGAGUACUUCAGCAUUGCGGGUACCAGGAAGUUUGAGGCGCGGCCCGAGGAUCUGGAGUUUGCGAAGAUGUUCUGGAAGCUGAGUGAAGGGCUUGUUGCCGAGGGAAAGAUUCGAGUCCAUCCUCCCCGAGUCGGCAAGGACGGGCUCAAGGGAGUGUUGGACGGGUUCCAGGCUAUGAGAGAGGGCCAAAACUGGAUUCCGAACAUGUAUGGAUAUGAAGUUGGCGAUGAGUGUCGGAGUCUUCAUGUAUGGGCUGAUAGACGGAGCCUUGAGAUCCCCCGUGCUCCGAUAGAUCAAAACGCUACAAGCAACUUGGAUGUCGCCAUCGUCGGUGGUGGCAUCGCCGGCGUCACUCUGGCCCUUGGUCUGCUCAAGCGUGGCAUCAAACCGAUCAUCUACGAACGCGGUCGAAGUUUCCGCGAAAUCGGGGCUGGCAUCGGCUUCACGCCCAACGCGGAAUGGGCAAUGAAAGUCCUCGAUCCGGAGAUUCAUGCGGCAUUCAAGCGGGUCACGGUACAGAAUGGCACCGACUGGUUCAUCUGGAUGGACGGGAGCCUGGAGAAGGAGGCGGUGGUUCACAAGAUGUAUCUCGGUGAGAGGGGGUUCGAGGGCUGCGCGCGGGCCGACUUCCUCGACGAGCUGGUGAAAAGCCUACCGCAAGGGACCGUGCGAUUCUCGAAAAACCUGGUUGAUAUUGUGGAUGAGGAUGGUGCGAGUGAGGUGCGGCUGAAGUUUUCAGAUGGGAGUACAGCAAGUGCGCAUAUUGUCAUCGGCUGCGACGGAAUUCGAUCAAAAGUGCGGCAAUUCGUCAUUGGGGGAGAUGAUCAACCUGCUCACCAUCCGCAUUAUACCCACAAAUAUGCCUUCCGCGGCCUGGUUCCCAUGGACAAAGCCUAUGCUGCCCUCGGCCAGGAGAAGACUGACACCCGACACAUGUACCUCGGACCUGACGCCCAUGCUCUCACCUUCCCAGUGGCCGGUGGUAAACUCCUGAACGUUGUUGCCUUUGUCACCGAUCCCAGCUCGUGGCCAGACGGUGAGAAAUUCACCCUGCCCGCCAGCAAGACCGAUGCAGUCAAGGCCUUUGAACGGUUCAAUUCCACCGUUAGAGCCAUCAUUGACAUGCUUCCGGAGGAACUCAGCAGAUGGGCUGUAUUCGACACGUACGACUACCCGGCACCGACGUUCGUCCGCGGCCGCGUAUGCAUCUCCGGGGAUGCGGCCCAUGCGGCUGCACCAUAUCACGGUGCGGGCGCCGGUUUUGCUGUGGAAGAUGCAGCAGUUCUUGCGGAGCUUCUUUCCGAUGCGUACGACUAUUUGAAGAUAAGUGAUGUUGAGAAGGCCGACAUCCCAAAGUCGGUGGUCCUACGCAAAGCCCUCGAGACCUACAAUUCUAUUCGUCUAGAGCGAGCGCACUGGUUGGUGGAGACCAGCAGGCACAUUGGUGAGAUCUACGAGGGCCAGAAUGCAGAUAUUGGACUUGAUCAUACGAAAUGUGCAGCAGAGAUUGAUUGGCGUUGUCGAAAGAUUUGGGACUACGAUGUUGAUGACAUGAUGAAGCAGACCAGUACGCUCUUCAAAAAGCAGUUGGGAAUGAUUUGA